UGUCAAUUGUUUUAUGCGUUUCUUUACUAAAAACUUUUUCGCGUCGAGCUCGAGGCAGACUUGAGGUAUUGCGUUACCACGCAUCGUAGCGUCCAUUAUGUCGACCGAAGCAGUCGUGCCGGCGCCGGCCGCUGAAAUUCUGCCGGAAGAAGCGGAGGGGGCUGUGGUCCCAGAAACCGCGGCGCCGGUAGAAUUGCCCGUAGAGGAACCAUUGGCAGCCGUAGAGCCCGUUGAGGAGGAAGGUAGAAGUCUAGGAUUCCGCAUUUUAGUGCAUGUGUAGAAGGACGACUGUUUCAAACCUAGACCGGAACUGAAGGCUAGUUGAUGCCGAUAAUCAAUUUAUCCGUUCGACGAUCUUGGCUUGCUCUUGCUCUUGGUUCUCGUUGUCGUUUGCUUUUCCAUUGAGUGAGUGUGAGAAUUUCAAGCAGUAGCAACGUAUAUUAAUUUCUACCCUUCAUUUCUGUCCACAACAGCUGCCUACGUACAGCCGGCCGCGAUGGAAGAGACCGUUUUGCAACCGUUACUCCGGAACCCGGUGUUGCAGCCCCUCCCGAUGCCGACGUCGUUCGGGCUCCAGAUGCCGACUAUUGGUUUCCAGCAAUACCAAUUUCAAACGCAGGCAGGGCCGUUCUUGCAGGGGAGCGAAUCCCUCGGCGUUUUGCCGGCAGGUACAAAGCAUGUGCUUACUGUGUUGCACUGCUGUAGUGGUCUCUGUUCGUGUUGUACUUUGCAAACGCAAGGAAGUUUUCCUUUAUUGUCCUUCAUAAAUAAAACGAUUUGAAGGUGGCAAUGGAUUCCAGUUUUUUCCGGACCCAAAAGAGGCGCAAGUCGGGAUCAGAGAACCUACUUCCCCAUUGAACUACUCGCUGACGGUCACUACGCGGGAUGCCGGGUUAACUCGCAAGAAGAAGUUGGAGCGCAAGUGGUGUUCUUGUUUCUGGGGGUUGGGAUAGAUGUGCAUGUGCUUCGCCACGGGAAGAUAGAGGGUGGCUUACCUCGUGUGGGAACUACGCAAUUAAUUGUCUCAUCGUAGCUGCAUGAAAGGGAUGAAAGCAAGUCAUAAAAGCCUUCGAUAUGAUCCAUGAUGUUUGUGUUUCAGAUCAGUCUUCCUCGACGUUAUCGCGAGGGCUCAAAAAUCUGUGAGAAACUACAAGGGUCAUGAUAUGAGCAAAGCACUGUUGUUAGAAAGUCAAAUUCUACAGGAAAUAAUUAACAUGUAUUUUCCACCUCUCAGGACCAGAGGGCAGAGGCAGUGAAACAUCCAAAUUUAUGCUGCCUGUAUCGGCCUGAGGAAUCAAAAAAUCUUCCGCUUCAAGUUAAGCUACACCUAUUGGGAGUAGUGUGCGUCAGAGCAGAAAAUAUAAAGAUGACCAUGUACCAUAGGCGUGAACAUACGUUUUUGGCGACUUACAAACUUGCGAAAAGUCAGUGAAUAGAAGACAAGACGAAUAAUAAAUGUAAAGAGAUGAUAGUGGGAUAAAGUCAAAGACAUAUCUGGGGAUGACUACGAAUUCGUAACUAUGUGCUUACCUAAGCUGAAGCUAAGUGUCAGGGCGCCGACACAGGGCACGUAGCCGGACUCCGAUUCUUUUUUUUAGAUUUUUUAGAGUCACGCCUUGCAGCUAGUACAAACAAAGACGGACCGGUUGGCCUGACCCAUGCAUCUGUUUAUGCCGUCGAUAUGAGAAGCGACUCACGAGCUGGAUCCUUCACACGAUUUUCCUUGCUGAAGCUGCGGCUUACCAGUAAGAAUCGGCAAGAACCCUACUUUCUGGGACUUCUACAGCCCCUUGGUCCUCACACGUUUGUACUUGACUUACACUUGCCGGUUGACAAUUGCAAUUUGCCUACAAAACUAUAUGAUUUGAGCGUGGCAGCUCGCGCUCGUCCAGCCUGUGCCUGUCCAGACACAACAUCAGUGCGUCCAAGCUUCAAUUUUAGGCUGAGCGCAAAAAAAUGAAAAUUGUGCAUAUAAUGCUUUGCAGGCGCCGCUUCCAUUAUGGCCACGCCUACUGGCCACGCCAACACGAAAUGAUUUGGUUAAUGCUAGCCUUUUUACGGAUAUAAAAAUAAUCUAAAAGAAUAAGAAAUUGAAAGGCCGCGGAUGGACCAGUACCGCGAAUGAAAGGACGCCUGUGUGUCGUGUUUGGUUCAUGUGCGAAAUUGUCUUCCGUUGAACACUGAUACACGAGGGAUCAAUAAGAUCCUCGUCAGCGUCGCGAUGAUUACUUACGCACCGGUAUAGUUUAUCUACUUUCCUCAGGAACUUUGCAGUUUACCCAUGCUUGACACCUGGCGUCCAUUUUCCCUCGUAGUUCGCAAAGUCGUGAAUUCUUUCUACUUCCGUCGAUAGAAGCGUAUGCGUAAUUGGGAGUAAAACGACGUAUGAUCAUGUUACUUGUCGUAAUAGCUGUCGUGCUGGAACGGUCCAUUAUGGCAUGUACGCGAAGGCGAAGCCUGAUUCUGAUAGAAGAAUUAGCCGUGAGGACUGCUCGUCUCGGAAUCGUGUUUCCAAGUUCUCUCGUUUUCCCAACCCCUCGGAAAAACCUGAUCGGUGCUCAUAAAGAGCCGAAGGAACUCGUUUAU